GAAUCAGAAGAAAGAAAAAAAGAAGACCUGAAGGAUGUCUUCUGUCGAGAUUCGCCAAGUCACUGUCGUUGGUGGAACCGGAGGCAUUGGCCAACCCAUUGUUCAGGAAUUGGUCGAGCAGGGCUUCCAAGUGUCCAUCCUCAGCCGUGGUGCUGGCAAUGGCAAGGUGCCCGAAGGCGUGACUGUCAAGACCGUCAACUACGACGACAUUGAGUCCUUGAAGGCGGCCCUGACAGGCCAGGACGCCGUCGUUUCGACUAUUGCAUCUGCUGCCGUGGGGGACCCGCAGCAGAAACUCGCAGAUGCCGCGUUCGCAGUCGGCAUUAAGCGCUUCGUCCCCAGCGAGUUCGGUAUCAACACCCGCAAGCUACAGGGCUUAGAGAUUGGGAAGAUCGUCGCUGGCAAGACGCACCUGGUGGAUGACCUGCAGAAGAAGGCAGAGGAGAGGUCGGAUUUCAGCUGGACCGGUAUCUCGAAUGGUCUCUUCUUCGACCUGAAUUUGGAGCUCGGGAUCUUUGGAUUCGAUGCCAAACAAAAGACGGCCACUAUCGUCGAUUCUGGAAACGAGCCAUUCCAAACAAGCAACAAGGGCCUGAUCGCAAAGGCGGUAGCCUCUGUCCUGAAGCAUCCCCAAGAGACCGCAAACAAGUAUCUGUCUAUCGCCUCCUUCCAACCCACCCUCAACCAGAUAUUGGAAAUUGUGGAGGCUGAGACCGGGAGCAAAUGGACGGUGGAGCGUCAGAGCACUGCUGACCUGCAGAAGAUUGGCGAGGAAAAGCUGGCCAAGGGCGACUUCAGUGCCUUUGGGCCACUCCUUCGGGUCCACCUCUAUCGGGACGGCGAGGGUCAUGCUUUGAAGGAGGGAGAGAAGGCCAAUGCGCUGUUGGGGCUACCAGAAAACGAGGACAUCAAGGAGACCCUACGAAAAUGGCUGGCAUCAACUGGUGCCAUCUAAUCACCUAAAGUGUGGUCUUUCAGUAUCAAGUAAUGGCUAUGGAUACCUGCUUGCUUGCAAGUAUCAGAUUACUGCAAUGAAAGAAGUUUGAAUAUUUGGCAAGGCCAAUGC